CUAAUUCAACUAUUAUUUUCUCACUGCUGCGCCGUGCCGCGCCGUUCGAUUUGACAGAUCGCGUCCCAAUCCCUGCGCCCCGCGUGAAUUCACAAUACCAGCACCGAGAACCGAACGGAUAUCGUGGCGCUUGUUUUCUUUGGUUUCAGGCGAGAGGGGCACGCACAAGCGCGCGCAUACACCGAGAGAGAGAACCGAGAUGCCGAACAAUCCGGCCCACAUGCUAAAGCUCAACAUCGGGCGAACUAUCGCCUACAUCGACCGGCUGCCGCUCUUCACACGGCUGGCGAUAGUGCUGAUGGUCGGACUUGAAGCCCUCUGUUUGCAGCCAUGGUGGGACGUCAAGGCGUGGGGCAGGCUUGAACCAGACUUGAUAAACUUGUCGACCAUGUAUCGGACUAAUACAUUCCCACUCCUUCACGUCAAUGUGUUCCACCUAGCUAUCAACCUGCUUGGCGUGGUCCCGAUGUUGGAGCGUUUCGAGGUUGAGCAUGGUACACUCACUUCGUUGGCCCUAUUUUUCGGCGCGCUCUCGACAAUACCCGCUUUAAUAUAUGUGGGAAUUGAAAGGUUCCUUCUACAGAAGAACACCCCGAUCAUAGGAGCCAGUAUCUGGGGCUUUCUCCUGCUCGGAGCUGAAGCCAUCCGGCAGAAUAAGAAGAGCCCGUACUUGGUCAUCAGCGGACAGCCCACGAUCCCCACCUGGACCUGGCCCAUCGUGAUGUUGUUCGUUGUCGCGCCGUUGAUGCCCGGAAGUAGUAUGCUUGGGCAUGUUUGCGGAUUGCUUGUUGGGUAUAUAUUUGGGAUGGGAUACCUUAAGUUUCUUGCCCCUCCAGAAUGGGCGCUACGAUUCAUUGAAGGGAAGCUUAACCUCAGAGUGAGGCUUCCCUAUUACGUGAGCGUAGACCAAAAGACGUAUGGUCGGUUUAGUGUGCUUCCAUUAAGCAACUUGGCGGCGGCGCCAGCGGUUACCCCAGGACUGGCGGUUGGCAAUCAGAGGCUGGGGCCUGCGCCCGAAUAGAGGUGCCUUGUUUUGCAGACACAUACGAGAUGUUUUAUGAAUUUGUCUUGGUGAAUGGAUGAUGUAUUAUCAGGCUAUACAACGAUGUAUUCAUGGCUGGCCGUACCAGAGCGUAGUGUGCUUCCGAUCAUUCGUACAGUCUGG